AUGGCAAGCCAGUCUGGUAACAAGGAGAAAGAUCAUUUUGCGACAGGAACGAAAGAUCAGGUGGGCGAUGUAGACAUCAAUUUCGUUCGAGUCGGCACGGGUGAUCAUUCGGUGUUGUUCCUGCCUGGACUAUUAGGAACGGCAUGGUUGAAUUUCGGACCGCAUAUUGAAAGUUUGGGUACAGAGAAACUGACCAUAGUGGCGUGGGAUCCACCCGGUUAUGGAAAAUCACGGCCACCCGAUAGAACUUUCCCGGAUAAUUUCUAUCAGCGUGAUGCAACGUGGACCUACAGUCUGAUGAAGACUCUGGGCUACUCGAAAUUCUCCUUAAUCGGCAUGGUUGAUGGCAGUAUCACGGCGCUUUGGCUCGCCGCCACGUAUCCUGAGAGCAUCCACAAGAUGAUCGUUUUCGGUGCAAGAUCAUAUAUACAUCCAGCUGAGGUCAAAGUAUAUGAAUGUAUGACGACCAUUGACACUUUCCCAGAAUUUUUAAGGACCCGUAUGAUGCAUAUUUAUGAUUUGAAUUAUAUAGAACAGACUACGUCGAAGUGGUUAAACGCUAUGCGAAGAUUGUAUAACAAGCAGAAUGGUGACCUGUGCAAUCAGGCAUUACCGAAAAUUAAGUGUCCAACGUUUAUACUUUGUAAAUCUGUGGAUAGAUUACUUGCACCAGAUCACCCAUUUUACUUGAAACAGAAUAUUACCAACUCAAUGAUAUACGUUUAUGAGGCUGGUACACCUACGGAUUUUACCAUACAUCCCAAGCAGUUCAAGAUGGUGAUAACAGAGAUCCUCUUCCAAAAAUAAAAAAUUGGGAAAAAGGUUUUACAAAAAUAUUAAUCACACAUAUAUAUAUGUAUAUAUAUAUAUA